AUGAGCAUUCAAAAAAAGUUUGAGCUUACGGCAGAGGACCUCGACCGGGGGGUUCCGCAAUUCGCAUGGGAUCCCCAUAGCUCAAAACUUGCAGUGUAUUGCCCCAACGGGAAGGUGCGAAUAAUAUCCUCUGAAGGAAAAGGACUUCACACUUUCUCUCUUCCCAAUGUCUCCCGGCUCGGGUGGGAUCCUACACGCGCUGUACUUGCCCUUAUUCAACAGGACUCCAGUAAUGUUUCUUUACUAAUGAGCAAUGAGGCCGGACCCGAUUCUAUAGAUACCGGCCUUCAGGGGUUGUGUUUCAUGGCAUGGUCUCCUGUCGCUUCGCUUUUGGCAGUAGGCAACACAGGCGGCGACCUCAUGGUAAUAAAUAGUGAGACAAUGAAGAAAGUGCCUGUUACUGGAACCCAUGACAAUCGAAUUAUUGAUGGCGUGUGGACAGCGAGCAACAACCUUGUGGUGAUUGGGGAGGAUCAGGUACUUUCCGUUUCUGACGCUGCUGGUAACGUUCAACAGCGGGUAACCGUAAAAAAUGUCCCUUCUUCCCUUUCGGUGAUUGAUUUUCCAGGUCACGGUGAUCCAUCAUCACUUGCCAACGUAGUUGCCUUGGUUAACUGUGGCACUGUGUUGGAGCACUACAACUUGGAAACUCUCCAACCUCACGUAUUGACGUUUGAUGCAAAACUUGGAAAUAUCACGGUGUGCAGGUGCCUUGCUGGAGGAUUGACAUGUGUGGGGUUUACUUCUGGUGCAAUGGCCCUCGUUCAAAUCAACCAUCAAAACUCCAAGGUAUACGGUGUGACCCGACCGUUCGAGGAUGCCGUGUGCGGCAUGUCGUGCUCUGGGGGCUCCGGAACUUGCGUUGCCGUUGCUGGAUCGAGCAUCAAGUUCUUUUCUUUGGCUGACAAGCGAAUAACUGAAAUAAAAUCAGAUUCGAUUCAGCUGGAGGGGGCAUUAGGUGCACUACAGGACGUGCAACAUAGUGGGAAUGGAAUGAACAUAACUGUAGUUACUGACCAACCCCAUUUAAUCAGUUUCAAGAGGAGUGUGCCUGUCUCGAGUGUGGUGUGUGGACCAAAUAUUUAUUCACUAACCGGAUCGCGAACGGUAACGGUGAAGUCUGUCAAGGAUGACCGUGUUGUCUUCACUGCGACAUUAGACAUGGAUCCCACUUUGUUAGCUGCCUCACGGGAUGUCUUAGCUGUGUGCUCUCGGAACACUGGUGCAUACUACAAGGCCGGGGAAGGAGAGGCCAAAUUGGUAAAUACAGUGAAUUACCCUUCAAAUGUUUCUGCUCUGAAAGUGUCCAACAACCACGCGGCCGCGCUCUGUGACGGAAAGGUUCAACUGCACGAAGUGUGGAGCGGUGCGGAUUCUAUUACACUUCCGGAGAGUGGAGGCGCUGAUGUUAUUUCUAUUGGGAUAAGUGACUCCCUCUUCAUGUACGCAACCCCAGAGAAAAUUUUCAUUGUCAAUCUUGCUGACUACCAAUGUGUGAUGGAGCACACACCUACUACUGGAAUUAAGCGAGCAUUCCCUAAUUUCAGCUGCACUCGGAUAGCCCUCAUCGACAAGUAUGACGUUAUGUUUAUACUUAAUCCUAUAACACUUGUUUCCACUCAAACCGAAGGAUUUGAGCAGGGGCACAAGGACAUUUUAUGGGAUCAAGGUGACUACGGUGUGUUGGUAUCUUACAACGCAAGCACGAUGGUGACGUACGUUUACGCACCACAUAGCCGAUAUGGGCCAACAGCCGAAUCUGUGGUUGUCAAGGAUUCAAAAACUGUCAAUCUUAUCACCAAUAUUCCAAGUGGCUUCACUCCACUCGGUGUAAUGAAGGGUACCGUAACGCUUCAGGGCCCAUGCAACGCUGUAGAAUCUCUCACACUGGCUUCGCAUAACCGGGCCACUUCUCGUGUACCAAACUCGGAGGCGUUCUACAAUAACUUUUCUUUGAAUCACCUACGGUGGGCGUCCCAAAAUAUUAGUACACCACAAGAGGCUGAGGACUUGGCCGUGAAGGCACUGCACAUGCUUGACGUUGAACUCGCCAUCCGACUCUACCGGCAAUUAUCCCAACCGAGCCUCGUCAUGUAUAUUGAGAGCAUUAAACAUAUAAAUGAAAAGAAUCUCCUGAUAGGACACGUCUCUAUGAUUAUGGGGUACUUUAAAGAUGCGCAGAACUUUUUUCUUCGUUCCUCGCAGCCUCUUUGUGCCUUACAAAUGCGGCACGAUCUCAUGCAGUGGGAACCGGCCUUGACUCUUGCGAAGCAGUUGGCUCCAGAGAAACUACCCAUCUUAUCUAAGGAAUAUGCUCAACAACUUGAGUACCGUGGGGAGUAUGCGAAUGCCCUUGAAAUGUAUAGGGCAGGUGAAAUGGCAAUGCCGAAGGGACAUGCGAGUACUGAACUGACUGCUGCGCAGGGUGAAGUAAAGAAACAUAAUGCUGAGUGCUUGCAGGGAUCAGCGCGAUGCUUGUUACGCACUGGCGGAGUACAAGAAGGUGUGAAGUUGGCGGAACAGUCUAAUGAUUUGGCUUUUGUCACAGAAUGCGCAGAAAUUUUGGAAAGCCUCCGGCACUGCGACGAGGCUGCGCAUUUGUACGAGAAGGCGCUGAAUUUUGAGCACGCCGCGAAGCUGUAUAUUGUGGAUGCACGAAACUUAAAAGCAGCAAGUCGCAUCAUCCCUCGCAUUACAUCUCGCAACAUCAUUGGCAUGUUCGCUAAGGGAAAGGAGGAAGAAGGCGCAUUCUCUGAGGCAGAGAAAGCGUAUACACAGGCGGAGGACUGGGACAAUGUGGUACGCAUUAGAGUUGAGAAACUAAACAACUUGCAGGGUGCGUACGAUAUUGUCCGUCAGACGCGGUCGGUUGCUGCCGCGUCUGUUGUAGCAAACAUGUGCAAAAAGCGUGGUGAGUUUUCUGUCGCCGUCGAGUUCUUUGUCCUUGCGAAGGCCUUCUUUGAGGGGUUUGAGCUGGCGAAGGAAAAGGGCUGCAUGACUGCAUUAGAGAGCGCAUUGCUUUCACAAGUUCAGCUUACUGAUGGUGUGGCUCCAGCUGCUAAUCAAAAUGAGUUUUCGGCCAUAGCACGCCACUACGAGCAGAAUGUCAAACCAGGGCAAGCGGGAUUGUUCUACCACAUUGCAGGCAAUUUUCCGUAUGCACUGAAGAACUACCUUGAGGCCGGUCAACCAGAGGAUAUUGAGAAGGCCAUCGAGGUUGUCGGAAGGUCUCGAAGCGAUACAUUGACUAACAAACUUAUUGACUAUCUUAUGGGAGAGACAGAUGGGGAGCCGAAGGAACCAUCGUAUAUUUUUAAGUUGUACAUGGCCCUCGGGAGUUAUGAAAAAGCUGCCAAAACAUCUGUGCUUAUUGCUACAAAAGAACAGGAGGUGGGGAGCUACAUGGCAGCCCACAGGACACUCGUGGAGGCCUUCCGUAUUCUCAGGGAUAGAAAGAUGCGUGUGCCCAACGACCUGCGACGGAGUCUUAUGUUACUACACUCGUACGUGAUCGUAAAGCACCUCAUCAAGGUGAUGAAUGAUGAUGAAACGGCUUCCCGUAUGCUCCUGCGCGUGGUACGGAACAUCCAAAGGUUUCCGCAACACAUUUCCACUUUAUAUACAUCCACCGCAUUGCAGUGCCUGAAAAGCGGCUUCAAGAAGUCUGCGUUUGACAACGCCUGCAUCAUUAUUCAAAAUGAGAGGUACAGAACUGAGUUAGAUGACAAAAACCGGAAGAAGAUCGAAGCCAUAGUGCGCAGACGCGGUAAAGAGGAGUUAGAAGAUCCCCAAGAGGAUACGUCUCCAUGCCCCUUCUGCGAUGCCGGAGUGCUCGAGACGGAAUUGGAGUGCGGAUCCUGCAAGAAUACGCUUCCUUUUUGCAUUGUGACAGGGAAACACAUGGUCAAGCAAAACUACUCUGAGUGCCCUGUGUGUCACUUCCCUGCUUUGUAUACUUCGUUCAUUACACUGUUGCGACAGUCUCAGGUGUGCCCCAUGUGUGAGAACAUGGUUGACCUGAAUCAGGUGCAAAGACAAAUCGAUCCUGAUUUGAAGACUCAUCUUCUUUAG